AUAUUUAAUGUUUGUCCCCACUAACUUUUCUCCCCACUCCAUUCAUUUGCAGCGCUGGCUCGGAGGGGCCAGGGCUGGGUCGGUAGUUCCGCUUCCCCCUUCGCCAUACCGGAAUUAUCCCAGGGCCGAAGAGACCGAUGAAAAGUUGCAACUGUAAAUAGUUUGGGCUCGCGUUUCUUCCCGAGGUAUCCGCGCGCGGGGUGGACCACGCCGACCACAAAUGUUACGUCGGGAGCACUUUUAGCGGAUUCGCCAUCGUCGUUCCUGGCACGUCUGGGGAGUCGACUUGAAGCGGUGGAGGGGAGAAACUCCGGUGCCUGUCGGUGCUUUGUCUCACCUCUAUGUGAACACUAACGCCCCCGCUGAUGUGAGUCUUUCCUCGCCGUUCCCCACCGUCUCCAUCCUGAACCGCUUCGUUCGGCCGCCUGCUCAGCCACCGCGCGGCACGCCUCAACCUCCUCCUCCACCGCCGCCAUGUGCGAUAACGGCGACCCCGAGGACAAGCCCCCCGCUCCCCCGGUCCGGAUAAGCAGCACCAUCUUUGGCGCCGGCAAAGACUCGUUCUCGGCCAACCACAGCUCCAAACCGCUGCCCUCUGUGCCCGAAGAAAGGAAGCCCCGGAAAGGGAUCAUCUCGAUUUUGGUGGACAAAGGUAGGAAAAAAGAUAAAGACAAAGAGCGACCAGAGAUCUCGCCGCCUUCUGAUUUUGAACACACCAUACAUGUCGGGUUUGAUGCUGUAACAGGAGAGUUCACUGGAAUGCCGGAGCAAUGGGCUCGGCUGCUACAGACCUCAAACAUCACCAAGUCGGAGCAGAAAAAAAACCCACAGGCUGUGCUUGACGCCCUCAAGUUUUAUGACUCUACGGGCAACGGUCGCCAGAAGUACCUCAGCUUCUCGUCCUCUGAAAAAGAAGCGUUCCCUGCCGGACCACAGUCUCCUGUGAAAAAAAGCACCGAACCGUCAUCUCCAAACAUCAAAGACAUCGAUGACGACGACGACGAUGAAACCCCCCCGCCUAUUGUGGCUCCAAGACCAGAACACACAAAGAGUGUGUACACCCGUUCUGUGAUUGACCCGCUUCCUGCUCCAAGUACGUGUGCAGAUGGAGAGGCUGCUGCUCGCACUGCAGAUAGACAGAGAAAGAAGACCAAGAUGACGGAUGAGGAGAUCAUGGACAAACUGAGAACCAUAGUAAGCAUUGGCGAUCCCAAAAAGAAGUACACAAGAUAUGAAAAGAUCGGCCAGGGGGCAUCAGGAACAGUAUUCACCGCUAUUGAUGUAGCAACUGGACAGGAGGUGGCCAUUAAACAGAUCAACCUACAGAAGCAACCCAAAAAGGAGCUCAUCAUCAAUGAGAUUCUGGUGAUGAAGGAGCUGAAGAACCCCAAUAUUGUCAACUUUUUAGACAGCUUCCUGAUGGGGGAGGAGCUGUUUGUGGUGAUGGAGUACUUGGCUGGGGGCUCGCUGACCGACGUGGUCACGGAAACCUGCAUGGAUGAAGGUCAAAUAGCUGCCGUCUGCAGAGAGUGUUUACAAGCGUUGGAUUUCCUACAUGCUAACCAAGUCAUUCACAGAGAUAUCAAAAGUGACAACGUGCUGCUCGGGAUGGAUGGCUCUGUAAAGCUGACCGAUUUUGGUUUUUGCGCCCAGAUCACUCCCGAGCAGAGCAAACGCAGCACUAUGGUAGGCACGCCUUACUGGAUGGCACCUGAAGUGGUGACCAGGAAGGCCUAUGGGCCUAAAGUAGACAUUUGGUCACUUGGUAUUAUGGCCAUUGAGAUGAUUGAAGGAGAGCCGCCCUACCUGAACGAGAACCCACUAAGAGCAUUAUACCUGAUCGCUACAAACGGCACACCCGAACUCCAGAAUCCAGAGAAGCUGUCUCCGGUCUUCAGAGAUUUCCUCAACCGCUGCCUGGAAAUGGAUGUGGAGAAGAGAGGCGGAGGCAAAGAGCUCCUUCAGCAUCCGUUCCUGAAGGUGGCAAAGCCCCUCUCCAGUCUCACCCCUCUCAUCCUGGCUGCCAAGGAGACCAUAAAGGCCUCUCGUUAACGGGCGAACCCGGCCGCCCUGCCUUACCAUGCUGUGCACAGAUCUGUGCCAACCGUUUCAAUUUUUGUGCCAGACAAUGGGCUGAGAGUGACGCGCCAGCCUUGUAAGCCCUGACGAAACCUCACUGUGAAGACCAAAAACCAGGAGCACGACCCCCCACCGCUGUCAAAAUGAACUCUUAUUCUCUCUUUGACGUCAGAAGACAAGUCAGACUAAAGUGCUUAGCUACAGAGUCAGGCGUAGUUAAUUUUUGUACAUCAAAACUGGUGACAAGUUAGGACUAGGCUUGUAUUUAACUUGGAAUGAAGAAGAUGCCUAGUUCUGUUUAGUUUUUUUUGGGUUUUUUUUUUAAUCAGCUGCCUUAAACAAAUGCAAAAUGUUGCCUAAUGUAUUGUUGAUUGUGUCUGUGUUGUCUCCAAUGAUUUUUACUACCUUUUUGGAAUUGACAUUUUCAGUUUGUCAGUAUCGUAGUUAUUUUGAUACUUGAAUUUCAUGUUCGUCCCCCGCCUGCUUGGUUUCUAUCAUCUCCUGCAGUGGAGAUCGUGUUUUCCGGCAGACCCGUGUUCGUCUGGUCAUUUCACCGUUUUAUAGGAAACAUUUCAGUGCAUUGUUCAUCAUCAUGUCCUUUAGCGGUCUCCACUGCCUGAUCUACUGUACCAGUUCCUUCCCCUGUAUCUGUAGUGUCCUGAUGCCAGAGGCACCACCUCACAGGCAAUUAAAAUGUUAGAUCAACAGGGUUUCGACUUUCUCUGUUGCUAUUAAAGUGAGUAUUGUAUGUGGAACUCUGUCCUUCGUGUUCUUCCAGAAUAAACUAGUGCACUUUGCUCCGUACAAAGAAUGCGUGUUAGCUAGUGAACCAGUGACCAUAUCGUGCUAAUUAGAUGCAUAAAGCUACAGAGCCAUUCGUUCACUUUAUUUUUCUAGUCUACACAACUAACAACUCUGUCAACACACAAAUAAACAUACCUGGUUUUACUAUUA